AUGUCUUUCGAGGAAGACCACAACGACGCAGAAUCGUCUGCUACUGAAAAUUUCAGGGAGUCUAUUAACAAGUUCACAUUCACCACUCCAUGUCAGCCACAGGUCGAUCCAGCAGUUACUACGGCCGACAGUUCGAAGCAGCUACUAACCCUGCGACGUUCCUCACGAGUUGCUGCGUCUGUGACAUCCGGAAGGUCGGUAGUCAGGCGCGACUCGCAUGCCUUAAGUUUGCCAUUAUCUAGAAAGGGUAAACGCAAGGCACCUGACGCAAGUCUGUCCAAGGACGCCGUAAAAAAGUUGAAGAGAGGAUACGCCCCACCAGAAGCAUAUUCCCAUCUAUCACCCCUCACAGAUUGUCUAGCCUAUGGACUUGAUGUCGUUUUCUGUGGAAUUAAUCCAGGUUACAUGUCCGCCCAGAGAGGACAUCACUUCGCACACCCGACAAACCACUUCUGGAAAUGUCUCUAUCAUUCUGGGUUUACAUCUAGGUUACUGCCACCGUCAGAGGACCAUUCUUUGCCCGAAAAAUUCAACAUUGGUCUGACGGAUCUAGUUGACAGACCAUCCACGGAGGCAUCGGAACUUUCUUCUUCUGAGCGUGUCUCGUCUGUACCUAUCCUGCUCAACAAGCUUGCCCUUCAUCGCCCAAGGUUUCUCUGUCUCGUCGGUAAAUCUAACUGGGAGGUGGUCCAAAAGGCACUCGUGCAGAUGUCGACUGGACCAUCCAAAGCCUCUCGAUCAUCAGGCACGUCAAAAGCAUCGCGGGCGUCGGCCAAUAAUACUGGGUUGCAGCCGUUCAAGCUAUGCUAUCCAGCUAUUGCAGGUCCCAGUACGUCGGCUAACAUAAGCGAAACAUUGUUAUUCGUGGUUUCUAGCACGUCAGGCCGUGUCGUGCAAUAUAAGCUCUCCGAUAAAGUCAAGCUCUUUACUCAGUUGAAGAGCUUGGUUGACCAGCCGCGAUCGGAAUUGAAUACUUCGGAAAUGAAAUGUAUCACCAUGUCGCAUGAUCCAUAA